UCAGGCAAUAUCGGUUCUGAGACGAAAAACUCUUAUCAACCUACGAACUGCAUAUUGCGGCAGCGGCUGGUUUCCGUUGUCUCAAACAUUGGUCCCUUCUUCAUUGAAGCUAUAUCCAAGUAAGCCCGCUUUUGCCUCGACAACGCAGCCUGCGACAUGUCGGAACUCGAAGGCUUUCGACUCGUCUCACGGCGCCUAUCCCCCAUAGGGGGCGAGAAUCUCUGGGGGCACCUUUCUCUCAUAGGGGGCGAGACUCUCUGGAGACCUCUUCAACGUGGGGCUGCCGACAAGCUUGUGAAUCUCCUUGCAGUCCCAGUCCGGCCACCGAAUUCCGCUACCCUCGACAGGCCCUCAUCCACCAAGGCACAUAAGUGUUUCCCAGCCGACGAGCAUGCGACGCUCUCGACUGAUUACGAACCUGCUGAAGUGCCCGGCGGCCGCUAUGCCGAGAAUUCGACUAGCGGCAACCAUUCCCUCACAAUAUUCCACCUUUCGCCAGAACUCCAUCGGGUCAUCUUUGACCACAUCGACCUCAUUGAUGACGUUGUUUGCUUUGGUCUUACCAGUCGACACUUUUGGUCCAUAGCUCGACUCUAUCUGCACGCUCAUAACGAGUCGUUCCUAGGACAAUGGGCGGGUUCGAGCAUUGUCUGCGCCGGGCCAAACACUCAACCGGAUGAUUUUCCUCCCGGUAUGUUCUCGGCCGAAGAGUUGGACCGUUUGCGUCAAAAGUGGGCGAGCGCACACCGCAACAAUGAUGACAGUGGAAAUGGGUCGACCGAUGAGCCAUUCAACCUUUUCACCGUUUCCGCACUCUUCAAAAGGCGAACUCUCUGCGACGUAAUGCACGAGUCAAGUCUUGUGUUCGAGCGUUGCAUGGACCGGGGCGGAGGUUCGCAUUAUGAUCCUGCAUUCUGGGCUACACUGCCGGAGCUGAUCGUCAAGGAGUCGACGUACUUCCCUCAAGACGAGCCCUGGGUCCUCCGAAACCUGACAACGAGGGAGUUCGUUCGUUCGAGAGACCUGGGAGUGACACAGAACCCUUUCGGCGGGCCCGAAAUGCUUGACUGUAGCUUCGGCACGAUUGUCUUGUCACGCAUCUGGUGGUCAAGCGAUGAUGAGCAUGUCAGUUUUCCGAAUUGUCCGAGAGGGGCAUGGGCAGGCCACCGGCUCGACAUCACCACUCUAACAAAACACCAAGACACAACUAACGCGGCUGAGUGGAGCGAUAUUAGCAAGGAGGUUGAAAGGGAAUAUGUUGCUGUGUGGAAGAGUAAGUACGGGGCCCGUGCCGACGAUCGGCGUCGUCAACGGCUGCUGGAGUACGCAAAGGGCUCGAGAAGUCCUAUACUUGAACGUCCGAAAGCACGCCACACAUCCUUCUACUCUCAGUGAGAGGGACAUAGUCCAUGGAGCAGCCCUGCUACCAGCCGGCCGCGAGUCUCGGAUAAUGAGUCCAAGGUCAAGUAAAUAUACACAACAGGGACCUAAUUUAGAUAGUUACUGUAUUAUGAUACGUCCGUCCUGUCCACAAUAGCGCGCCGAAAGCCGUGGGGUUGCUGAAGGCAUGAAUGGUCCCGGUCCCCGGACCGCGAAAACUGGCUUUCGAGCGGUCGGCCCCGAUUCAACUUUUCACCCCGAGCCGGACGAGAGUGGCGGACAUGAAGCGCCGAAUCACUUUGCGGGUGAGUCCGUUACAGGUAGACGAAGCUCUACGAGAAUCGUUCGUUCUCUGUCAACCGCUGGGCUGGUUGGACCGGCAAAGCGAUUAGUUUUUGCGAUGAGAGAUAAACAUUUCUCCAUUGAAGAGAU